GCGUAGUGAUUUGUUUAUUUUCUUCAUUAUCUACCAAAGUGUCCACACAAGCAAAACAGUUCGUGUUGAUUUCGCUAACAGAAGGCGGACAGUAAUCGUAGGAGAAAAGUGUGAUGAUGCGCUAGAGUGUGGUGGGAAAAGAUAUUAGUUUCACACAAAAUACGCCUCCAAAAGAAAAAAAAACAAGCCAUACGAAAUCGGAAGAAAAACGACACGUAAAAAGCUGCAACAUCGUACAGCUUCUUGGUUCCACCGUUGGUGUUUUGUGUGAAAUUUUUAUUAUUUCGUGUGCACCCGACACCAGAUUAAACAGCACCCACCACCACCGUCCAUCGCCAAAAACCCACCCUUUGCGCGUGGCGUAGCGUGCGUGCGUGCGUGCUUUCGUGUCAUGCGUACGAACCGAACGUUAGUGUCGUGUCUCGUCCAUCGUUCAUCGACGUCCCCGCAAGAGAAAGUCUGUUGCUUUGGAACGAAAAAAGUAUUCUCGAUGGACGUUUCGUUUGCUACGAGCUGAAGCUUGACCAUCGGGCACAGGCGCACCAUUUUAGCGCCUCAACAAGUGCGUAUACGGGUUGCUGUAAAACCAAAACAAUCGAAAACAGUGGCUGGACAGUGCAGUAGUUGCGCACCGUUUCUUUUUUAGCAGCAGAUCGAUCCAGCCGCUCACCAUUUGGAAGCAUAUCAUCAUCGGCUAACCGUACCGGAUUGAGUUGUGUAUUAUUAGAACGGCAGUAAAACAUGAGUGAAUUCACACAAACUGCUACCGUGACGCAGCAGCAAACUGUCGUCCAGCCGUACAUACGGUACGACCCGGAGUACGUGCGGACCAUCCCGGGCAUCGUGAAGAUUGUUUGCAUCGUGCUCAAUCUCAUCGGGUUCAUCUGCAUCGAGAUUUCGUACUUCAGCUACCGGCCACAGGGUUCCUUCUUCAACACGAUCGCGAUGCUAGGGUUUUGGUUUAGCGGCAUCAUGCUCGUCUUUUACUUGUUUCAUGUUUGUGAAAAGUUUCACAAAAUCCCUUGGUUAAAAAUAGAACUGUACUUCUGUGCCGCCUGGGCGGCACUGUACAUGAUAGCGUCCUCGGUGGCGGCUGCAACCAGCAUCGAAGCAUUUCAGGCAGCAGCGUUUUUCGGGUACUGUGCCAUGAUCGGGUACGGUGUGGAUGCAUUUCUCAAGUUCAAAAGUGUCCGUGCGGGUGAAAUCGCACAAGGAUCCCGAACCGUCCAUGUGCAACAGCAGCAGCAAACGGUUUCAACGUUAACUGCAUAAAACAAUGCAAUUCGUAGCAGCAAAGUCUUAACAAUUUCUCCCCAUUUUAGUCGUUUUUGUUUUUGGUACGGAGGGACAAUCCAUUUCAAAACCAAGUGCAAAAGCUUAGCAACACCUUAGCCCAGUAUGAUUUUGUUGUUGUAGAUUUUAACAGUCUUUUUACCCGUGUAACGUGUAAACUGUUGUUGUUUCAGUAUCUUUUUUCUUCGCGCCCCGUACCCGAAAUCACGAUCGUCACCGUCUUGUGACAUAGUUUAGGAACAAUUCUCGUUGUUCCAAUUGUUUGUUCAUAAUAGCACUUAAUAAUGUUUAAGGGUAAAGCAAACCCGGUUUUAACCGCCUAUAAUCUAAACGAUGCGAACCACCUCAACCGUAAACUGAAUCGCCUUACUACACAACGAUAAAAAAAAAGGAUAGCUUUACAAAAGGGUGCGCUCGUGUAUUUUUAUCAAAACGAAAGCGAACUCGCACGGAAUUCUCUUACCGAAUCUAGUGUCACCGUGUUCGAUGUACACGCGAGCACAAUUUUUAACAACAAAUGAAACUCAUUUUAUUGGCCAGAGUGUGCAUUAUUUUGAUAUUUGCGUAGUUGUGUGAAUCGAUGUGCUUACAACCCGUUCGGAAGGGAUGAUCUAGAGUUAUUUGUGGAAAUCACGCUGUAGAAAACCAGUUUUUCCGAAUACACUUUACACCGAAGUUUACCCAGUGAAGAUAAGGGAUUCAA